AAGCAGGAGCCGUGUUAAAGUUGGCGCCGGCGUUCCCCGAUUCGUGUUCCCUCUUCGACGGCGGCGGCGACGGCGACGGCGGUGGCUCCGUGCGCUCCUGCUUCCUCUUUUCUACCCUCCAUCUCAAUUCCUGGCCUUUCCAUCUUCGAAUCGUCGCUUGUAGGUGUGCACAUCCAGAGGGCAGCUCGAGCCGGCGUUUGAUUCGGCUUGUUUUGGUGUCGGCUUUUCUUGCGCCUUUGGAGCGAUUCGGUCGUGGCCCAGGAAUCUUUUCUCAUGUUGCUGGCUUUAUGGAUAAGAAUAUCGAAAGACAAUGCAUAAAUGGAAAGAAAUGGAAACUCGGUUAGCAUUACCAGCGGUAAAGGUAACUGUAGAGCAGCAACUCUGUAAGUCUGGAAAUUCUGGUGUUAUCUCAUCAUCUCUACCUGAGUUACCAGUCAUUGUUGAAGAACGGUUCCCUGAAUUACCAGAUUCCCAACUGAUUCCAAUGGAUGAAAUGAGGAAUCUCUUAGUUUCUCCUUACAGUCCUUAUGUUUCCAACACUGGAAAUGCUCAAAACUUGCACUCAUCACCUUCAGGAUUUUCUUCAGUUUUUCAUCAUCCUCCAAUAGUUCCCCAUGAGAGACAUGGAAAUACAAAUAAUACUGCUAUUAAUGCUGGAAACUCAUUGUCAACCUACUCAUGCAAAGGAGCUUUUCAAGCAUCGAUUGAUAACUUCUCCAAAGAUUCAGCUGAAGUGGCCUGGAGUCUAGAUUCAGUUCAGGGAAUUCUUAACUCAGAUGAUGACAUUCCUGGGAGCAAUCCUAUCCAAAGUAGCUCGGUUAUGAUAACUGAUGACCUUAAUAAGAAAAAAGAAUGGUGGACCAAUAUUGAGAAUGAAGAUUGGAAAGAGAUUCUUAAUGACACAACUAUUGUUGAAUCUCAAUCAAAGGUUGUGUACCCGGCUGCACAAACUUCCCCGAAUGUAUCUAUUCUCCAUUCACAAAUUUAUCAGUCUAUUCCAUGUCAUUCUGGAGAUCUUAUAGCUGUCACUAGUCCAUUGUCCACUACUACAGUUGCGGCCAAGCCACGUAUGAGGUGGACUCCAGAGCUACAUGAAUGCUUCGUAAAUGCUGUCGAUCAACUUGGUGGUGGUGAAAAAGCUACUCCUAAAGGAGUACUGAAACUCAUGAAAGUGGAAGGUUUGACAAUAUACCAUGUGAAGAGUCAUCUACAGAAAUACAGAACAGCCCGCUAUAGGCCAGAUUCAUCUGAAGGGAUGUCUGAAAAAAAAGCAACUCAGAGUGAGGAAAUCCCUCCUCUAGAUCCGAAGAAAGGUAUUGAUCUAACUGAGGCAUUGCGGCUCCAGAUGGAAGUUCAGAAACGCCUUCAUGAACAACUUGAGAUUCAGAGAAAUCUACAACUCAGAAUUGAGGAGCAAGGGAAGUACUUGCAGGUGAUGUUUGAGCAGCAAUGCAAGUCAACCAUGAACAAAUUCAACACUCCUUCCACUGCAGAAGAGCCAUCAAGUGUAUCUUCUGAUCCGAUUGACAUGGCUGCGAAGACUGAUACCUCCAUCAAUUCAAAGGGAGCAGAAAGUUCCAAGCAAACAGCUACCAAAAGGAAGAUGCCAGAGCUUGAUCCUUCAAAUCCAAGUAAUGCAGAUGCUAUCAUCGGGUGUAGAUUUUUCAGUCUCACCUUGAGAUGGUGGCAGGUUUUGGGAAAACCAUUUCAAGAAGUUGUAUAAGUAUUCAAUGUCGCAUUGUGCAGGAUGAAGGCAAGUCUUUUUGUUCAAGACAAUUAUGCCAUAAAAAAUGUUGACUGGAGAUAUUUAUUCCUUCAAUAAAAGUGUUAAUGCAGGAAUUUUUAUA